AUGAAAAAAUAUACAGCGGUGCCUCUUUACCAAUUAUUUUUUAUAUUUGCUUUUUUUUUGGCUUUUUUAGAGCAAUCAAGUUAGAGGAUUAUAUGACUUCUAUCUGCCGAGAGAAGAACUGUGGAUCUACAACAUGGAAACUGGAAGAUGGAAAAAAAUUAACACUGAAGGUGAUGUUCCUCCUUCUAUGUCAGGAAGCUGUGCUGUGUGUGUAGACAGGGUGCUGUAUUUGUUUGGAGGACACCAUUCAAGAGGCAAUACGAAUAAGUUCUACAUGCUGGAUUCAAGGUCUACAGACAGAGUGCUACAAUGGGAGAGAAUUGACUGCCAAGGAAUUCCUCCGUCAUCAAAGGACAAGCUUGGUGUCUGGGUAUAUAAAAACAAGUUAAUAUUUUUUGGAGGGUAUGGAUAUUUACCUGAAGACAAAGUUUUGGGAACUUUUGAAUUUGAUGAAUCGUCUUUUUGGAAUUCAAGUCAUCCGAGAGGAUGGAAUGAUCAUGUACAUAUUUUAGACACUGAAACAUUUAUCUGGAGCCAGCCUGUAACUACUGGUAAAGCACCUUCACCUCGUGCUGCCCAUGCCUGUGCAACUGUUGGAAACAAAGGCUUCGUGUUUGGAGGCAGAUAUCGAGAUGCCAGAAUGAAUGAUCUUCACUAUCUUAAUCUGGAUACAUGGGAGUGGAAUGAAUUAAUUCCACAAGGCAUAUGCCCAGUUGGCCGAUCUUGGCACUCACUAACACCAGUUUCUUCAGAUCAUCUCUUUCUCUUUGGAGGAUUCACCACUGAUAAACAGCCACUAAGUGAUGCCUGGACUUACUGCAUCAGUAAAAAUGAAUGGAUACGAUUUAAUCAUCCCUAUGCUGAAAAACCAAGAUUAUGGCAUACAGCUUGUGCCAGUGAUGAAGGAGAAGUAAUUGUUUUUGGUGGGUGUGCCAAUAACCUCCUUGUCCAUCACAGAGCUGCACACAGUAAUGAAAUACUUAUAUUUUCAGUUCAACCAAAAUCUCUUGUAAGGCUAAGCUUAGAAGCAGUCAUUUGCUUUAAAGAAAUGUUAGCCAACUCAUGGAACUGCCUUCCGAAACACUUACUUCACAGUGUUAAUCAGAGGUUUGGUAGUAACAACACUUCUGGAUCUUAAGGCUUCAUAAGUAAUGCCUCUGAUCACUUGCAUGGACAGCAAUUCUGUAAACAUCAAAGUGACAUCAUUUGUAUAAUUAUAUGCAUUGUUGUAGUUUGCAGCUUUUUGGUUUUAAUGUGCAUGUGAAUGGCCUAGAGAACCUAUUUUUGUGUCUAAAGUUUACAAUAAAUGUAUUUAACACCAGUAA